AUGAACUUUGCAUUGACCUGCCAUUAUUAUCAUCCCUCUCAAUCGCUUAUCUUGGAUAUUACUGAUCAAAACUGGAAGAAAGUUUUCACAGAGGCAGAGUUACACGAGAUAGAAACCAAAGGGGGGCCACUUGAAUGCAAUGAUCCCGAAGAACUUCAACGAUAUUAUUUGGACUUGAAAGGGCUGAAAACAAGCGCUGAAGUGUUUAAAUAUGCACGAAGUAUCGAAAUCAAUGAUCCAUCAGCUGAACAUUUGAAAGUUUGGUUUUCAUCCGAGUUGAUGAAUGUUGCGCGCCUCUUCUUAAAAACACAUUCUUUUGAUAUUCUGAGUAUACCUGAAACAGAUCAACAGUAUUUGCCAUUUGGUUUCUUUGGUACUGCAUUUCAUGGAUCUGGUAUCGUAGCAAAAGGUACCGAAGUCUCUAGUGAAGCAAAUGCGAAUGCGUCACAGCAAUAUCAAAUCGAAAAAUGGGUCGUCGUGGAGACACGAUGUUCAAGUAUGGGUCAGAAGAACUUGGAUGUUCUGACGUAG